AUCAUUCCAUUACGGACUUUACCUAAGCAUUUUUCUUUACGAAUCCCUAAACGCAAAUAUGGGUCAAAAGACCAGUAAGAUAACUUCACAGGAUCGUGCUAUUCUCGAUUUGAAACUUCAAAGAGAUAAACUAAAGCAAUAUAAAAAAAAGUUACAAGUCGUUUCAGACAAGGAAACUGAGAUUGCAAAAGAAGCGUUACGCAAAAAUAAUAAACGUGGAGCCCUUUUAGCAUUAAAAAAAAAAAAAUACCAACAACAGCUUUUGGAAAAAACCGAAAUGCAACUAAUGAACUUGGAAGAACUGACUCAAUCAAUAGAAUUCGCAUUAGUAGAAAAGGAUGUAUUAGAUGGAUUAAAGGCUGGAAAUGACGUUCUAAAGGAAAUUCACAAAGAAAUGUCUAUUGAAAAAGUAGAAAAGUUGAUGGAAGAUACUGCGGACGCCAUCUCCUAUCAAAAUGAAAUCGAAGAAUUGUUAAGCGGAAAGAUAACGGACGAAGACGAAGAACUCGAAGAAUUGCUUCCUUCAGUUCCAAAAACACAAAUAAGUGUAAACCAGGAAAUCAAAGAUGUUGUAGAUAAUGAAGAAUAUCCACCAAUACCGAGUCAACAGAAAAAAGCUAAACUUAACAAGCAAUUAGUAGCUGCUUGA